AACUAAGACGGCUAGUUAGACUAACGUGGGAGACAUUGAGUACCCUAACAUUGGUUAACGACAACUAGUUGGUUACUGUAAGCAAAUCGUAGUUGGCACAUAGUUUGCAAGCUACCAAUCUACAGACUAAUGUCAGUUCAAAAUAUGUUAGUGCUGACAGCUGAUUUAGCAACUAUUUCAGAGCUAGGAAGCUAGGUGGCUAUUUUAGCAAGUUCGCUGGUAACGGGAACAUUAUCGUUGUAAGCCUAACAGACAUUUACCUCAGGGCAAUAUAGCAACAGCAUAGAUCUAAGGCGUGGCGGAUAUUGUUUAGCGGUGGUUACUGGUAGCUAACAUUUCCCAUUUGGUGAAAUGCCUUUACUUAGCUUGCAGCUAUUUAAAGGCAUUUCCCGCAGCAGGUGGCUCAGAACAAAAUAUCAAGUUAGCUUGUUUGCGGACCACAACACUAAAAACUGCUGGCGUUAUCAUAAAUUAACCUGACCAACUUGACAUUUUCCUCUACACAGUGGACUGACACCAGCCCUUCCCUCCCACCUUCUUGAUGUGAUGUGAUGUGCUGAAGUCCCUGCCAGGAAGGAUGAGAGAUUGAGAGAUGGCAACCGAUGGCCUCCAAUGGAGCUGAAGACUUCAAAGCACAGGCCUUUGGGCCAGGCCUUGCGGCCCGUGCCAGAUCUGCAGCCGCACGCAUGUCUACCAGCUCUGACCUGUCCAAUGGCCAAACGAGGACUGUGUCCUACACCCAGAGCCCCCCUGACCACGCAGUCCAGCUCCGCCUGAGGAUACCGCAGAACCAGCAAUAUUAUUCCUCAGGGACGCCCGUACAUCGUGCCUGCCUUGCUCUGUCCCCAGCCAGCCCCAAAGUGGCCAGAGGUAAAGAAGUUUUUACCACCAAUAAUGGUAAUGGUCUUUCUCACGGCGUCCGCGUCUCCAGCGUAGCGCCUAGUGCCACUGCGGGUUCCAGCGCUUCGAUUAACGCUUCCCAGAGUUCCUUGCGGCUGGGAGCCUCAAAAAACAGCUGCCAGUCCCCCGGGCGUGUGAAGUCUCUCCAGCUCCGGCCAGGGCUGUUGGGCAGGAGGUCUCUCUCAUCCCAACGAGCCACUUCCAGAAGAUCUACAGCGGUCGUUGAAAACAGUGUGCCCGAUGACCGGUCGUUGCCCUGGAGCGGCAACAAGGUCAGGAUCAGCAGCAGCAGCAGCAGGGCCACACCACAGACCGCCACUCAGGACCUGCACAGCAGCGGUGAUAAGGAGUUUCGGAAGCCGCGCGGUAUGGUGAGAGCAGGCUCGGGUCGGGCGGAACAUCUGCUGAAAUGCCACGUGAGCUACGAAGGCACCAAAGGACUGGGGGCGGCCAGAGGGGAGAUCAUGCGGGUUCCCUUCACGGUGGCCAUAGAGAGGCUGAUCGAGAGCGGCUCGCUCCUGAGAAACGGGACCGCCAAUGGCAGGCUGACCAGGCCGCCAGGGUGCGGCUCGGACCCGCCCUGCGCGGUGGAAGCCGCGAGUACCGGCUCAGCCAAGAACCCUUGGUCCCCUGGACCUGCGCCGCCCCGCCUUGCCAACGGAGACGAGCAAAGCCGCUGCGUCCCCGACGAUGCCUGCACCGCCCCCGGCGUCGCCGCCAGGAGGCAAAGCCUUACCGCGGCCAGCGCCAGUGCCACUGUCAUUUCGGGGGAUGCGGACGGCAAAGGAGCCUGUCUGAAGCAGGCCUCCAUUUACUCCGUGACCAGUCAGUUGUCCGCCAUACACCUCACCAACGAGGGCAGUCCCCUCCUCCCGCAGGGUGAGCUGGGCUAUCCCCUGCCUCCGCUGGAGGACCACCGUGCCAUGGGCCUCAGGGUCCUGAAUGAGGAGGCUGUUUCUAUGUCACUGGACGAAGUUGAGGAAGAGGAACUGCCUGACGAGAUGGAGGGCCACUGCAGUGGAGAUGACAAUGAUGGAUAUGAUUGCUCCUCUAUGAUCAAUUCCUCGUCUGCAAGGUCCAUGGAAGAUUCAUCAAGUAUCGAGGACCCGUCGACCCCCGUCCUGGAGGAGGGAGUGGUCCUGAAGCCAGCCUUGGUGCCGAGCCUGUUCCCCCUCACCCCCCCUACGCUGUACUUCGCCACCGCCAAAGAGAGAGUGGAGCUGUUGCCGGAGGAGCAGAGGAAGUUCCUGAAAUGGAAGAUGAGCUCCGUCACCCCUCAUGUGGUGAAGCACACUGUGGCCCGCUCGCAUUUCAGAGUCACCAAGAGGAGCCACGAUUGGCUCGGCUGCUGGGGCCACCACAUGAAGUCCGCAGGGUUCCGGACCCUUCGGGAAUACCAGAAACUGAACCACUUCCCGGGGUCCUUCCAGAUCGGGCGGAAGGACCGACUGUGGCGCAACCUGUCCAAGAUGCAGGUGCACUUCGGCAAGCAGGAGUUCGGCUUCUUCCCACGAUCCUUCGUGCUGCCGCAGGACAUCAAGCUGCUGAGGAAGGCCUGGGACAGCACCGGCACGCGCCAGAAGUGGAUCGUCAAGCCGCCAGCUUCAGCUCGAGGAAUCGGGAUCCAGGUGAUUCACAAGUGGAGCCAACUGCCCAACAGGAGGCCCCUCCUGGUACAGAAAUACCUCCACAAGCCCUACCUCAUCAGCGGGAACAAGUUUGACCUGCGGAUCUACGUGUACGUCACCUCCUACGACCCGCUGCGCGUCUACAUCUUCACCGACGGCCUCGUCCGCUUCGCCAGCUGCAAGUAUUCCUCUUCCUUGAAAAGCCUCAGCAACAAGUUCAUGCACCUGACAAACUACAGCGUGAACAAGAAGAACUCGGAGUAUCAGAGCAACAGCGAUGACAAGGCCUGUCAGGGCCAUAAGUGGGCUCUGAAGGCCCUGUGGCAGUAUCUUGGCGCCAGAGGCAUCAACACCAUCUUGAUCUGGGAGAAGAUCAAAGACAUCGUCGUCAAAACCAUCAUCGCGUCGGACCCGUACGUGAACACGCUGGUGAAGAUGCACGUGCGCUCCCCCUACUGCUGCCACGAGCUCUUCGGCUUCGACAUCAUGCUGGACGAGCACCUGCGGCCCUGGCUCCUGGAGGUGAACAUCUCGCCCAGCCUCCACUCCAACUCGGCGCUGGACGCCAACAUUAAAGGGCAGAUGAUGCGGGACCUGAUGAACCUGGCGGGGUUCGUGCUCCCCCACCGAGACGAGCUGGGCCCCCUGAAGAGCAGCAGCGCCAGCAGCUCGGCCAGCAGUUUGGGUGGAGGAGACAAGGAGAAAUCGCGACAUUCUGGAGAAAUCCUGUUUGAUGAGAAGAUCAAGAGAGCACACUUCCUGAGCCAGAACCAACGUAGCACAAAUCCGGCGUUCUACUCCACGGUGCUGGACGCCCUGACCCCGCGGGACGUCCGGGUCCUGACGGAGGCGGAGGACGAGCUGAGCCGCCGGGGCGAGUUCGAGCGCGUGUUCCCCUCGCCCACGUCCUCUCGCUACCUGCGCUUCUUCGAGCAGCCGCGCUACCUCAACAUCCUGCUCAACCAGUGGGAGCAGAAGCACUGGAACAACCGGAGCAAAGGAAUCAACCUGCUGAGGAGCCUGUGUCAGAAAGGAUUUCACCUGGGAAACGCCUCCUAUUUACCACAUCCUUGGUCGGUCUUAUCCAUCUCUAGUCAGAAGGUUGAAUCCUGGAGUAACCUCUCCAUAAAGGAGGAGCCAAUCAGGUCUAGCGUGGUGGUCAGUCAGAUGCACAGCGCUCAGCAGGAUGAAGAGGGCCUGCCCUCGGCCGUCUCCAGCCCCCCCGACACGGGGGCCAGCACCCCCACCGGCUUCUGCAGCCUGUCCUGUGAGAGCCUGCACACCAGGGACUUUAUAUGAGCGAUGCACUGUCACCGGGUCAUGCCCUCUCCCAAAGCACCAGGGAGCGUAGCCCACUACCACCCCCCCACCCCCCCCCCCCACCCUCAUCCCGCCACCAGGCCACCCCGUCCGCA